AUGAACUCUCUAGAGCAUAAAAAUCGAGAACGUCGUGUUCCAACUUCACGUAUUGCACGUUUAGCCAGUUUUGCUCAGUUGGGUUUCGGAUUAGCGACAGGCGCCGCUGCUGAAAUGAUUAGACGAAGUUUUUCGGGCGUUUUACAAGUUUUACAAGAAGAAAACAAAACUGAAAAUUCAUCAAACUCAUGGCAAAGUUCUUUUGUCACUCCUGCUAACGCAGAAAAAAUUGUACUAACUCUUUGUAAAGUUCGUGGUGCAGCUCUUAAACUUGGUCAAAUGCUGAGCAUGCAAGAUCCAGAAACUGUAUCUCCCGUUCUGCUUAAAAUAUUUGAGCGAGUUCGUGACAGUGCUGAUUUUAUGCCUAUACGUCAAGUUAUAACUCAGAUGCGCAAUAACUUCGGUAAAAACUGGGCUGAAAACUUUACAAACUUUGACGAAAAGCCUUUUGCUGCAGCUUCAAUCGGCCAAGUCCAUCGUGCUACUCUUCUUGAUGGUCGCAAGGUUGCCAUAAAAAUCCAAUAUCCUGGUGUUGCCCAUGGAAUCGAUUCUGACAUUGAUAAUUUAAUCAAUAUUAUGAAUUAUACAAAUUUUUUACCUCGAGGAUUAUUCUUACAAAACUUUGCAGAUGCCAUUAGACAAGAACUGAAAUUGGAAUGUGAUUACAAACGUGAAGCACGCUCUAUGAAAGUUUUCCGCUAUUUAUUAAGGAAUGACUCGGAAUUUUAUAUACCAGAGGUGGUUGAUCAUUUAACAACAAAUCAAGUUUUAACAGCAGAUUUUGUGGAGGGUAUGCCACUCGAUAAAUGUGCUGAGGAACAGCAACAAGUCAGAGAUUAUAUUGCUCGGAAAUUGAUUGAACUUUGUAUGAAAGAAAUAUUUAUUUGGAGAUUCAUGCAAACGGAUCCAAAUUGGUCCAAUUUUUUUCUCGGUCGCCAUCCGACAACUGGUGAACCACGAUUGGUCCUGCUGGAUUUUGGUGCUUCAAAAUCUUAUUCUAAAAAUUUUAUUGACUCAUAUAUGCAUAUAUUGCGCGGUGCAUAUAAAAAAGAUAAAAAAAAAAUCUUGAAAUAUUCUAGAGAAAUUGGCUUCUUAACCGGUUAUGAAUCGGAGAUAAUGAAUGAUGCACAUUGCGAGUCAAUAAUAAUAUUAGGUGAAACGUUAGCUUCAACUGUACCUUAUGAUUUUUCUCGGCAGGAUGUAACAAAACGUAUUCAUCGUUUAAUACCAGUAAUGCUGCAACAUAGAUUGAAGGCUCCGCCAGAUGAAAUUUAUUCUUUGCAUCGAAAACUUUCCGGAUCUUUUCUAUUAGCGACUAAAUUACAAGCGACAGUAUCUUGUGGACCGAUCUUUAGUAAUAUAUCAGAAAACUAUAAUUUUGGAGAAACUUCUCAAAUGAUUGAUAUCGACAGUGAAAAUUGUUUGGAAAUAGUUUAUAAUCAAUUAAAUUGA